AUGGCGGCAGCCAACGCUUACUGUGGCCUUCCUAAAUUUCCUAAUUUCAAGGUGCACAAGCUCCUGGGCAAGGGGAGCUAUGGAAGGGUCUACAAAGUGGAGCGCGAGAGCGAUAAGCAGCUUUAUGCGCUUAAGGAGGCUGACUUAGGCUCUAUGUCUCAGGCUGAGCGUGCUGAUGCUGUCAACGAGGUUCGACUCCUAGUCUCCAUUUCGCAUCACAACGUGAUUCGUUACCACGAGGCUUUCCUGCUUGGGAACAAACUCUGCACGGUCAUGGAGUACGCCCCGUUCGGCGACUUGCGCUACUACAUCAGCAAGGGCUCCAAACGUAAAACUCCAUUCCCAGAGGAAGCAAUAUGGCGCAUCCUCUUGCAGCUAUGCAGGGGACUCCAGGCGCUCCACAGCCAGAACAUCAUUCAUCGAGAUAUUAAGCCGGCCAAUAUUUUCCUAUGCGCCAACGACCUGCUCAAGAUUGGGGACCUGGGGAUCGCCAAGGCCCUUACCAACAUAAACUUUGCUCGCACGCAGAUUGGCACGCCUUGCUACAUGGCACCAGAUAGGUUGGGGGGUGGAUGUGUGUGGAGUGGGCGUCCGUACUCGUACAGCAGUGACAUGUGGUCACUCGGUGCAGUGCUGUACGAAAUGAUGACGUUCAGGACCCCCAUGGAGGGUCGCUCCAUCGUGGACCUGCGGAACCGCAUCGUUGGUGGGCGCUUCACUCCCGUCCCGAGCGGCUCUUACAGCCAGGACCUCGUCACGCUUUGUCACAGCCUGCUGAGCACUGAGCCAAGUAGACGGCCUUCUCCCGCGACCAUCCUGGCGGGCUCCGCUGCCAGCAAGUGGCUGCACAUCCUGCCGGAACCACCCGCUUCUAACCGGCCACCGGCACGCCGCUGGACUUCUGACGGUCCACCCCCCUUUCCCUGUCCCUUCUCUUCAGGUUCGUCCAAGGGCGCCCUUUUGGACACCAUUGUUGUCCCGCGUGACCUUAAGCAGCUCCCGAAGCACCUGCCGCCGCCAUCAUACGAUACGGACAUUCCACAGCCCCCGCCGUCGCAGGCCGCGGGGCCCCCGAUGCCAGCGCCAGUGGCUCCGGUCGCGGCCCCGGCAGCGCCCCCUGGCGCCCAGCGGGCUGCGUCAUGGUGCAGCGCCGCGGCAGCGCCAAACACGAAGCCGGCACCGGUGUCAUCACAUGUAGCGGCUGCGGCUUUAGGGAAGCCGCAUCCGAAGGCGCCGUCGCAACAAGGUCAGAAAGCGCCCUCCUCUCGGGACAACAGCCGGGCGCCGUCACCUGCAGAAGUGCGCUCGAUAUUGGACAACCGUAGAGGGCCGACGCCGCUGCCACCGCUCUUCCCGCGCAACGGAGCAUAUGGUGGUGGGGCCAUAAGUUCAGCUGCGGCUGCGGCGGCAGCCGCAGCCGCUGCGGCUAUUGCAGCGUAUCAGCAGCGCUGGACGCCUAACCCCCAGCCCGUGGCAUUCAACGCGCCGCGGUCCAUUCCUUAUCGCCGUGUGUCCAUCUCAUAA